CGGCUGUGGAAUCCUUAGUCGUGAUUCGAAGGUGCUGAACGAACGACGUGUUUGUUCCGCGGCGUUUGGUGAAGUAAGGGAAGGUGUGAGUGGAGUCUCGAGGCAGGGGAGGCUUGAACAGACAGGAGAGAGAUAGAGAGGGAGAGAACACGUGCGCUCCGGUCACUAUUACUACUACUACUACUACUUCAAGAUGGAGAUUAUGGGUAUGGAACGUUGGGACUCAUUUGUGGAGUUCCUGGAUGAUAUCAAGGACGAGUAUUACUACAAGCAGAUUGACCGGGAUGGAAAUGGCUUCAUUGACUUAUCAGAGCUCAAGAAGGCGCUGGACGUGGUUGGCUUCAAGCUGCCACAGUGGGAGGUGCGCAAGAUGAUCGAGGACUGGGACAGGGACACCAAGGGACCCGGCAAGGGCAAAUUGAGCUUCCAGGAGUUCCAGAAUAUGUGUGCAGGACUGAAGGCACAGGAUGUUGCAAGCACCUUCAAGAAGAUGGUGAACAAGAGGGAGAACCUGGAGACUCUUGGGGGCAUGUCCACAGCCUCAUCUGAGGGCACCACCCACUCUGUGAGGCUGGAGGAGCAGCUUGCCUUCUCUGACUGGAUCAACUCAAACCUUGGCCAUGACCCUGACCUCAAACAUCUUCUGCCCAUUGAUGGGGAGGGGCGCUAUCUCUAUGAAAGAGUCAAGGAUGGUAUUCUCCUCUGUAAAGUGAUCAACCACUCCUGUCCUGACACUAUUGAUGAGCGAGCCAUCAACAAACGCAACCUGACAGUGUACACCAAGCAUGAGAACCUCACCCUGGCCCUCUCCUCAGCCCAGGCCAUUGGCUGCAAUGUUGUCAACAUUGAUGCUCAUGACCUGGCCAAAGGUAAGCCCCAUCUGGUUCUUGGGCUGCUGUGGCAGAUUAUUCGCAUUGGGCUCUUCAACCAGAUCACACUGGAGCAUUGCCCAGGCCUGGCCAAUUUGCUGCUGGAUGGUGAGAAGAUUGAGGAGCUUAUGAAGUUGUCUCCUGAGGCAAUCUUGCUGCGAUGGGUCAAUCACCACCUGGAGCGUGCUGGCACCAACAGGCGUUGCAACAACUUCAUGAAUGACAUCAAGGACUCCGAGAUCUACACUUACCUCCUCAAACAAAUUGCUCCCAAUGAUGCUGGAGUCACCAUGGAGGCGCUUUCAGAACAUGACAUGAUCUCAAGGGCAGAGAUCAUGCUGCAGCAGGCAGAGAAGCUGGGCUGCCGCAGUUUCCUCACGCCCCAGGAUGUGGUGGAAGGCGUGUACAAGCUCAAUGUUGCAUUCGUGGCCAAUUUGUUCAACAACCACCCUGGUCUGGACAAGCCUGAAAACAUUGACUUUGAAGGCAUUGACCACAUUGAGGAGACCAGGGAAGAGAAAACUUACCGCAACUGGAUGAACAGCAUGGGCGUCAAUCCUCACGUCAACUGGCUGUACUCUGACCUGGCUGACGGCAUCAUCAUCUUCCAGCUGUAUGACAUCAUCCGACCUGGUGUGGUGGACUGGAAGCGAGUCCACAGUAAGUUCUCAAAGUUGAAAAAGUUUAUGGAGAAGCUAGAGAACUGUAACUAUGCUGUGGAACUUGGCAAACAGCUCAAGUUCAGCCUGGUGGGCAUUGCAGGGCAGGAUCUGGCAGAAGGCAACCCUCUGCUCACACUUGCAUUGAUCUGGCAGUUGAUGCGAGCAUACACCCUCUCCAUCUUGACUCAGUUGGCUGAUUCUGGCAACCCUAUUGUGGAGGCUGAGAUCAUUGACUGGGUCAACAGCAAACUCAGGGAAGCUAAGAAGUCUUCCAGCAUUAAGAGCUUCCAAGAUUCCAGCCUUCAGAAUGCUGUGGCUGUUAUUGAUUUAGUGGAUGCUAUCAAGCCAGGAACAAUCAAUUAUGAUGUUGUGAAAAUGUCUGGGGAUGAGGAGGACAAUGUUGCUAAUGCCAAGUAUGCCAUAUCAAUGGCGCGGAAGAUUGGUGCUCGCAUUUAUGCCUUGCCUGAAGACAUCACAGAAGUGAAGCCCAAGAUGAUCAUGACAGUGUUUGCCUGUCUGAUGGCCAGGGACUACAUACCCAACAUGGAUGCCAAAAAGAACUGAGUAGAAGAACAAAUCCAUAGGAAUGAUUGAUGUAUAUGUUGUGUGAAUGGUAUGUAAUGUUUCUUAACUGUGAAUAGACUUUUUUAUAAAUUUUACAUCAAGCUUUGCAACUACUGUGUCUGGCCAAGGCUUUUUGAUGUGGACAGUCAGUAUAAUAGGCCUCAUGCUUACACGAAGGCAAACACUCAUGGAACUUUCAGUGCCAAUGCUUUUAAGCUGAUCACCUGAUUUCAGAAAGCAUUAUGGGAAAUCUAACAGAUAACCUCAUUGCUUUAAAAUUACUGUUGUGUGAGUUUUGCCUUAUAUAAGCAUGCUUUUUACAUUGACCAUUUUUCCAACUUAGCUUGAACAUAAGUUGUAUAUAACUUACUUUUGUCACUAUAGCAGUGAAUCAGGGCCUUUUGGCAGUAGUUUUUAUAUCACAUUAAUGAGUAGUGUUUUAUAUUGUAGUGCAGUUUCUGAUUUCUAAAAGUAAAUUAGUCACCAGUCUGACCAAAGUAUUAAUAAGAGUGAGAAUAUAAUUACCUAAGCAAGUUUUUGUACUUUACACACUGUCCAAAUGACUUGCAAUGAAUACCACCAACACUCAAGUUCUGUUGCAGGACUAGAGACUCAGCAGCCUUAGUCACCUACGGUUUCCAUUUUAGAUUUGAAAGCCUUAGCUCAAGUCUUGUUAAUUCAUCAUGGUUUGAUGGUUGUUGUAAAUCAUAUAUUGGUGAAAGGUUCCUAUGCCUUAGAAUCAAAGAUCAGUUUUUAAGAGAGUUGAAUACAUAGCAAAGUGAUUAACACAACAAGGUAGUAAGUUGUAAGUAAGCAUCCUGCAUGAGGAAUUUAUACCUGUAGAGCAGAGCACAUCUCAGGGCAACUCCUCAGUCUCCAAAGGCUUCCUAUAACUAACUCAUGAGUGGAGACAGAUUCUGACUGUUUAGCCACACCACUUUAUAAGCCAUUAGUCCUUUGUCAUUCUUCACUUUUCUUAUAUAGUUAGGCUACAGCGUGCAAUUUAAUUGACCUUCAAAAAUCCAGAUACUGUUUACCUGAAGUAUUUAGGGCAUGAUUAAGAAAGGAAAACAAAUCGUGAUAUAAAAUGCAUGUGAUGGAACAUUCAGAACUUAUGAAAUGUUCUUGUUAGAAUCUUGACUAAUAAUUGGCUGACAUCCCUUUUAUCUUAUAGUAGGAAUGAAAAUACAGAGGAAGGCAUCCCUAGUUCCCUUGCUGUAUGGCUUUUGAGUCUACUUUUAUAACAAGUGCAAGGAAUACAGUAACAGUAUUCUUCCUGCCUGGCAUGAGGUGUGCAGCCAAAUCUUGCUCGUGCACCACAGAUUGCUAUAAUGCAUGGGGCCUCACUGUAUUAUCAUUAUUUUGUGCUAUAUUUUGCUUCUGACAAUACAGAUAUAUUAAUUAUAUACAUGCAUAAUCAGAGUUUAAUAGUUCAACAUGCUUAGUAAUUUAAUAGGAAAAUUGACAGCAAAGACUGCAUAUAAUGUUAUGGAAACCAUAUUAAGUAUGUAUAGUUUUGAUGUUUGAAGCAUAUCUUCAAAGGCACUAUGAAUAAUUUUUUUAAAUCCAUGGAUGAAACUUACAAGGACUCGAGUACAUGAGCUUGUAGAAGAGCAUUGUAGGUGCACUCUACUGAAAACAUUGCAUAGUUGCAUCCUAAUGUUGUCCACUUGGCAUUUUGGUGUGAUUAUUAUUUUGGUAUGUAGUUUGGUCAUAUAGAGGAUAAUCUGGUGGCUGAUAUUUGGUAAUGAUUGAAUUAAUGUAAUAAGAUAAAAAAACUAAUAUUUUCUGUGAACUGAAGCACAGUAAUAUAAGAUUAUCUAAGUGCAAAAUAUAUCAUCUUAAAAAGAUGUCAUUGAAGCAAUUCUUUGCUUUUAAGCAAAUAUAAUUCUUUAUGAAUAAGUAGAUCAACGAUCAACAAUGGUUGUGAACUCAUCUUCAAGGAAUACACUGUGUGAGCCACUGGAAUAUCACUUUAUCAUCACAUUUUUGUGAAUUCCAGAAGUGUAUAAGUCAUUCAUUGGUUAAAACAAAAAGGAGUAACUUUUUCCAUACCAUUUUUCAUUCUUAUAGACAAUGUAUGACCAUCUUCAGCACUUAGUCUUUAAUGCUUUAUGAUUUUGCUGAAGCUAUGGGGCAAGUGUUGGUAGUCUUCUCUCUUCCACCUUUGCACUGAGCAGAUUAAACUGAGCACCAGAAAAAGGAAUAUGACAGAAGAACAUGUCCUGUUAACAGUGUUCUUUGGAUUAUGUAUUAUGUUUCAUAUAUAAGCUUUAGUAAUACUGUCUUCCUACUUGACUGAGAAAUAAGUCAAGUGGAGUUCUUGAGUGACCAAUUUAUGGUGUAUGUCCAGUGUACUAAGUAAUAGAGAAUUUUGUUUGUUGUUCACAGUAGUAUUUUGAAUUUGUUGUGAUUGAGAAGAGUGACUUUAUUGCAUUAAGUUGCUGUGGAGAAAAGAACUUUUCUGAUUUGUAAUUAUUGUUUUCACUCUUUUGUAGGAUAUCAUUUCUGGACUUAUUAUAUUUAAUGAGUACAGAGCUGUCUCUGGCAAAGUUAUAGACUAUUUAUUAUGCUUUAAAUAUUCUAGUUCAACUAUCUAUGGGACCAGUUUUUUCAGGGGUGGUUAAGUGUGGUAGAAAUCUGUUUUUUUUUUUUUUUUUUUUUUUUUUUUUUUUUUCUCCAUGUUUAGUAUUGAAAAGCAAGUGUGAGUUGUUAAUGGUACAGCAACCUGAGAACCACCAGUGAUAGGAGGCACUCACAAGUUUUUCAAUCAUCUGCUGUAAUACUUUGCUAAACUUGCAUGCCAUUUUGCAGUUUACAUUUUUUUUUCUAAUAGUUAUUAUUUUUAUGUGAUAAUUGUUGAUGAAGAUCAUCUCACACCAGUUGGCCAUUCCAUCUUGUAAGAUAGCUGUAUAUGAUUUAGCUUUUGUAGCCUUCACUGCAUUCUUUUUUGCAUAUUACCUCUAAUUACAAAAUAAUUUGUAAUUUAGUAAAAGGAUAACCAAGUUCACUUACCACACACACACACACACACACACACACACACACACACACACACACACACACACACACACACACACACACACACACACACACACACACACACACACACACACACACACACACACACACACACACACACACACACACACACACGAUUGGGUUUGUCAGCCUAAGAAGUGAAAGGGUUGGCUAGUCCAUCUGAUGAUUCUUGUUUGUAUGCAGUGAGAACUGACCCAGCUUUUUUGUCUGAAAAUGUUAUUGUCAUGCCCUCUGCCUUACCCAGACAGCUGAAGUGGGGAGCAUAAAUCAGUAUGUCUAAAAAUAUUACAGUACAUGUAGAUCUUCCAUCCAAACCACAAUGUUAUUAUUGAUAACUUCUCACUUUUGGAAUGUAGUUAUUUACUAGCAUAGCUUUUAGCAUUGUUAUUUUGCAUACAUAUUCACAUGCUAUUUAAAUUUAUUUUUUAUACAAGAUACCAAAGCAUUUACUGCCUGUUUUACAGAAAAUCAUGUUCAGUUAAAGCUGAAUAAUUGCUUUAUGCAGUGUGUAAUGGUAUGAGGCUUACAUAGUGAAGACUGAAGUCAUGCCUCAGGGAUUUCUAAGGGAUGAACACCAUCACAUCUCAGAAGUAAAAUAUGAAAGUUUUCAAAAUAUCAGAUCUUGCAUUAAAAGGUAACCAUGAUGCAUGAGAGGCUACGGUAGUCAUGGAUUAUUUCUCCUGCAGUGAGAACGACACACAAGCCAGGCCAGGAGGAGCCUUUGAGGCCUGGUCAAGUGUACUGCCAGUCUGGUCUAAUGGUGCUUCAGAGUUUUUGUCAGUAGGUCUCAUAUACAGUGUUUUAUUCUUAUUACUGUUGUGCUUGAUUGCCACACAUUGUAUGUAAUCAGAAUUGUGAGUUUUUAGAUAUUGCUUAAGGAUAAGGAUUGGCUCAAGAUGGAGAGAGAGGCAAGUAUCAACCCUUCAUGAAUAGUAGUGCCUUCAGGAGGCCUGCCUGCCCACCGCCCAAACCCUGCUGGCUUGUCGUCGUCGUGAUGCAUUUAUUUGGGCUUCAACUUGAUUAUUUUUAUGUUGGAUAACUAUUUGCUGAUCAGUCAACUGUGCUGUUGUUACAUUAUUAUUAUUAUUUUUAUUAUUAUUAUUAUUAUUAUUAUUAUUAUUAUUAUUAUUAUUAUUAUUAUCAUUAUUAUUAUCAUUAUCAUUAUUAUUAUUAUUAUUGUUAAUUUAUUUUAUUCACUUUUAAUUGUUUAUUUACUACUAGUACACCACAAUUUUUUGUACAUUAAUUAGUCAUUUUAUCUUUAUUCAUAAAUGUUUAUUUAUCUAUAGAUUCUCUGCUUUGUUAUAACCAGCAAAACAGGAGAGAAGACUUUUUGUUAAUCCAACUUGAACAUUUGGUUUUGUUAUCUAUGUAUAUUCUUUAAGAUUUUUUUUUAUUUCAAAUUAAAUGUAUAUUUCGUAUAUCUGUAUAAAUAUUGUUUAUGAAUGUAACAGGGGAGGAAUGUUAACACUGGACGAGUUACCCACGCAACUCUGACCGGACUCUCACGGCACAACGCUUCCUUUGCUAGUUAGCUGUCCCUGCUGCACUGUACAAAGAUUUAUUUUAACUUCAGUGAUAAUAAAUGAGAAAGUUAGUAA